UAACUUGGUCAAAAAAGGAGAAGUCCCUAAAUGACUCACCCCCCUGGGGGCACCACGCCUCCUUUGCCCUCCUUUCUGAUUUCUUCUGAGAGAAUGUGGAGACCUUUGAACAAACUGUUCUUCUGGGGCAUUUUUUCUUCUCUCACACUACAAAAAGCUGCCUUGGAUUGUGACAUGACAAGAACAAACAAACUCCUUUCUCCAAGUUUGGACUCAGAAACAAAAGUGGUAUUGAGGGGUCAAAAUGUAUCGCUAAUUUGUUCCAACCAGAACAAAUCACUACGGAUCACCUAUGUUUUGUUUCGGCAUGAGAAACACCUGAGAACCCAUGAUGGAAAAGGUGAACCCAUGAUUUUUAACCUAAGCAUCUCAGAAGCCCAUGAGUUGGGCCCCUACAAAUGCAAAGCCCAAGUUUCUAACUGUUCGGUGAUCAAAUACAGUCGUGAGUUCAACUUCACAUUUGUCGACCCAGUGAUCACACCAGUGUUGAACAUUCAUGUCAUUAACAUCGAAACAGACCGACAUAUAAUACUACGUUGUAUCUCAUUCAACGGCUCUCUCCCCAUCACUUAUACUUUCUUUGAGAAAGAUAUUGCCAUAUCACAACCUAUUUCCAAGCAUGUAAGGGAGCCUGCAGAACUCAACAUAACCAAGAACAACACCGGAGAAGGGGAAGAGUAUAGGUGCAAAGCUAAAAACAAGUUGCCUGACCACGAAAGAUACAGUCAGCCAGUCUUCAUCAAUCCCCCACCAGGUGGAGAUAGCUGUCCUUUCUGCCUGCAGCUACUGCUUCCGGGGUUAUUGCUGGUGCUAAUCGUAAUAAUCCCAAUUCUGGCAUUUUGGAUACUACCAAAGUACAAAGCAAGAAAAGCUAUGAGAGAGAAGGCACCCAGAAACUAUGGAAAUACGGCCAUGGAAGUUGGAAUAUAUGCAAAUAUCUGUGAAAAUCAAGCAGUUAAGGAAUCUGUGCCAGGCUCGGAACCAAGGCAGUGUGUUCCCACAGCCCAAGAUGGAACCGGACACUCCCACGAGAUACAUUAUGCUACCCCUGUGUUCCAGGAGGUGGCACCAGGAGUUCACGAAGUCUAUGAUUAUAAAACUGGAUAUGUCUAUUCUGAACUCAUCUUGUGAAAUUUAAAGAUACAAGCUACAUCUCAGAAUUUUCUUACAAUCUGGAGACCAGAGAGCUCCCGCUGCUACUGUUACCAUCGCUGCCUCUGAAACCACAGCCUCAGGCCCAGAAACCGGAGGCCAGACACAGAAUGUGGAGCUCUGCCACCGCAGACACCUGCUUCUCAGCAACAAUCUCCACCUCCCUUCUACUUUCCAGAUCCCACACACGCGCAUCUAAUUGGAAGAUAUUCACACCGUACGUCCCCCAGCAGUAAGGGAAUUCUAUUUUUAGGUUUCCAACCCCACCAACGGGAGGAGCAUUAUGAUGAGGUUAAAGAGAGCCACUCAAAAUAUCUUCUACAUUAGUCAAAAUUUCAAUCAAGACUGAGGGUGAAAUAAAGACAUUUUAGGACAAAGACUGAGAAAGAGGUUUUUCCAAUCGCAUUCUCACUGAAAAAACUACACCAUCAAUGUACUUGAAGAAGAAAAGCGAACACAGAUAAAGGGUAUAGGAUUCAAGAAGCAUAUAGAAAACAAACGACAGAAAGCAGGGGAGAGGGAGAGGGAUGUGUGUAUAAGGUUCGAAAACAUAAAG